AUGUGUAGGUCUAGAGUAAGAUGGAGAGAACAGAAGGAUAUAACAACAAACAGAACAGCAGAAGUCAGCCCUUUGUUUGUAAGGGACUACACUACUAUUAGGGAAGGUCUUGCCUACAUCUUGCAGUUUAAUUGCGAUCUUAGUGUCCUUGCGAUCAAGACUUUUAGGGAAGACUUUGUUACGCGCAAGAGACAGAAACACGAAGCAGCAUUAAAGAAGUUAAAUAGGCAAAAGAAGAGGAAGGCCUUGCAUUAUGCAAAGGAGAUUCCGUUUACAACAACUAUCACGGCAAACAGCUUAUCUAGUUUAGCAAUAGACUCUAUUAAACUUAAUGUUAAGUAUAACAAGCUAGAAGAAAAGAUCAAGGCUAAUACUAGUAAUGCUAUUGCGUACAUGUACAGCUUUGUUAAGAAGAUUAGUUACAAGGCAAUUAAUGACAGUGGCCUCCUAUGUGUAACUUGCACAGACUCAGCUAGCUUCGCCUCGCAUGGCUACCUAGAAAAGACAUACUUGCAGUAUAGCGGCCUGCCCUUCAAGGGAGAACCUUGCCACGAGGGAGGCCUCUACAUGGCUAUUAAGCCUCUCUUGUUACUUUCUAUUGACUACUACAUUUAUGUCUUUGUCUGUAUCCGCAAGGCUCUAAAUAAUGUCAAACUUCUAGCUAGUAAGACAAUGAUUAUAUAUCACUACUAG